AUGGACAUGGAGGAUAAGGGUGGUUCAGCCGGGGAGUAUUUUGUGCAAAGGAAGGUUUUAGAUGAGUUAAGCUUGGAUGAAGUUGCACAAAAAGGGACGUGGUCCACCAAACCAACCUUGGGUGAACAAAUGAAGGAGGUUAUGAGGUAAGAUUAAAGAGGGAGAACGCAGAAGAGAAAGAAUUGUAAACAAGAACACUGAGAUGAACAGUAUUACAGACCGACCCCAAGAAAGCAUAUGGAUUUGAAUGUACUUGGUCUCAUUUUAACUUUGUAUGUAUGUAGCUGUAUCUGCUCACUCAACCUUUAAAAGAGUGUCUUGUGAAUGAGUGAAUGAGUCAUGAAUGAGUUUGCGUGCGCAUGCAGAUUUUGAGAGUGGAUGUUUAACUGUUUGGCUCUCUCAGAGCAGCUCAGUCAUGCUUUAAAAAAGCUGACAGAGUUAUUUAACGACAAAGGAUGAGCAAAGUUCAUGAUUUUACAUAAGAACUUGUAAGAGUUCUCUGUAAAAUAAUGCUAGGCCAACAAAGAUAUCUCAUACACUCCUUUAUAAGUCAAUCUUACAUUGGAGUAUUCAGUUCAGUACCACGCUGUAUCUCUCAUUACAAGUAAACAGAAGCACGUUGACGUGCUGGUGUUAUCCAGUGUGUCACUAUUGUGCAAGGCCAGCUGAUAAUAACAGCAGCAGCUGUUACAAUUCACACAUCUCAUUUCAGGAUUUGUUAGUAAUUCCACAAACUGGCGAACACUUAAACAGAAAAUGUCUCUGGUGAGACACUCAGUGAAAAUAGAUGAAGAUUGCUGCUCAUCAAUAUGAAUGAUGUGUGUUUUUGGCAUGCAGGUGUUCAGCUCCCAGGCUGAAGCAUACAGUGUUGAGUUGGGUCCCUGUUCUCAGCUGGCUGCCUCACUACUCCUUCAGAGAGAAUGCCCUGGGGGACGUGAUCUCUGGCUGCAGCGUCGGCAUCAUGCAUUUACCACAGGGUAUGAAUGUGCACUGUAGAGGGAUCACCAAAUAUCCACAUGGAUCAAACAAACUAAGCAAACUUGAUGCUUGGAAUUAAUGAUCUGACAUCGAUGGGAAAUGCUCUGAAUAUCUGUCAAUUAAUAAAUGAUAUCAAUACCACUCUGACACUGAUCAGCUAAAAUGCUACCUUUUAAUCAGCUUAUAGCUUAACUUUGCAUAUGAAGUCUUACCAGUCAUAGCAAAAUGACAUGAACUUCAAUGAGAAUUCAGGAGAAGGAUGCCUUCAUUUGCAACCUCCAGUAGAGCCCGAUUCAUUGGUGUAAAGUCACAUACUGUAACAGGUUGGGUCAACAAAGUGGGGUAAAGUGAAAUUGAAAGGGACAAACAUACAGACAUUUACAAAAAUAACACUAAUUAUGAUGAUUAACAGCAGUAUAGUAAAAGAAAAGCAAUGUGCGACACUUAGUAGCACUAAUGUAAAAAUAACUCAUUUUCUUAAUUCUGUCAAUACAAAAUGUACAUGCAGUUUUAGGUCUCUAUUUGAAUCAGUGAUUUAGAUUUAAAAAAUACACCCCAUAUAUAAGCUUCAAAGAGGCCUUGGGUAUAAAACUGUAAUCAUUCUUGAACUGUAAAGUUUGACAUUUUCAUAUUGGAUCUAAGGGGAUUUGCCCUUGUUCUUGGAACCAGCCUCCAGUGGCAGGUGAAGGAACUGCAGCUUCAGCCACAAAAAGACUGAUUCAAAGAAAUCACUGCACCUGACUUUGAAAUUAUCAAAAAGUGAAGAUUUUCAAACUUGAAUUGUUGUAUUGAUUUUACAAGAUAUAGCUAAUAAUCUGAUAAACACAUGUAAGAGUAAAUUGUUUUGCUCGACAUUUACUUGACAAGGAAGAAAGUGUACUUCAUUAUCAUUUCUUUUUCUUAUCAGGCAUGGCAUAUGCUCUUUUGGCUUCAUUACGCCCUGUCUUUGGGUUGUAUACAUCCCUCUAUCCAGUGCUGAUCUACUUCAUUUUUGGUACUUCUAGACACAUCUCCAUAGGUGAGUUAAGAAUUUAAAGAUCAUAUAUAAACUCAUCUUUAUUUGUCUUUCUGUGCAUGACAUGUUUAGCAUGUGUUUUGUGUGUCCAGGUACAUUCGCAGUGAUCAGCAUCAUGAUUGGGAGUGUAACAGAGAGGCUGGCCCCAGAUGGUAACUUUGUAGCUAACAGCACCAAUGGGACAGAUAAUGUAGACAUUGAUGCACGCGACACGCAGAGAGUACAGAUAGCAUGUGCCCUCACCAUCUUGGCAGGAAUCUUUCAGGUGUGUUUCCAUUGUGAAUACAAUGACUCUGAACAAUUAUUAAAAGUCAUACUGUACUAAUUUUGGAUAACCUUUUUUUUCCCCCGAAUCGAAGAUAUUGUUGGGCGUGGUGAGGUUUGGUUUUGUGGUCACCUACCUGUCUGAGCCUCUGGUACGGGGCUAUACCACAGGAUCAGCAUGUCAUGUAUGCGUCUCCCAGCUCAAGUACCUGUUUGGAGUAAAGCCAGAUCGCUUCAGUGGUCCUCUCUCACUUAUUUACGUGAGUCUGCUAUGCUGUACAAAGUGUAUACAUGGAUUCUGACACUAAAUGACAAAAAAUAAUAAUUGGUAAGCAAGUUUUAAAUGAAUUUGGGGAAGCUCGCAGUGAUUUGAGAUAUCGCUUCAACCUCAUUUUCCCUUUUUUAGUCUAAACUUACUAGCUAACUGACUGAUGGAGGAUGUUUCAAGCAGAAGUUUAUUUCAAACAAAAAUUAAGCAGGCAGUGAAGGCAGGGAUGUGGCUGGUUGGAGCAAAAAUCUUCAAAGCUGCAGCAAUAUCAGCAAACUGGAGGUCCUGGGCAGAGAGGAAAUACAAGUGAGCCAAAAGAAUCUACAAGGUUAAAAAAAAUUCUCAAAAACUAUAGGAACUGGGUACACAGAGCUGUACCAUACAAGAUAGUAUAAUCUGGCAGUCAAGUGGAGUUCAGAUCAGACUUUUAAGACAGUUUGAUUGUCUAAGCGACCCCAGGUAUGCCUAAUCAGCUGACUAAUUGACCCCAGGUGUGCCUAAUCAGCUGACGAAGUGACCCCAGGUGUGCCUAAUCAGCUGCUGCAGCAGAGUCAGCCUCUCCCUGCCUCACACAGAAGCUUUAGAAAGAGAAAGACAGAAAGUAAGGGAAAGGGAAAGCAACUAUACAAUACAGAAUCAUCCCACUCAACUAAUUUCCCUGAAUUUAUCAUUAUUUAUUAUUUGGGGUGACACUCCAAAACAACAUGAAGCUAAUUAGCUUAGCAUAUACCGUAAAACAGCUCUUCAUGUUCAGUCUAACGGUAAAAUACCUGCUAAAUUUUUUAUCCGCCAAAGAAAAUGCAUAAAGAAGACUUCGUUGCCAUACAAAAGGUUAGGAAAGACAAUUUUCUCAAAGAUGAAAAUCCCACUGUUUGUACAAGAAAAACACUUAAGUUAUAUUGAGGUAUUGAUGUGUUAGAGACGCUGAUAUCAUUGGAUUUUUUUUUUACAUUUACACAAAACAAAACAAUUUAUUGACACCUGAAUCAAGACUUGUGCUAAGAUAAACCGCUGUUGGCUGUAUCCUCUUUUUAAAAUUACGUAAAGUGACAGAGGGCUGCAUCUUUUUGUCUUAUUCUUAUGUACUUAAAUAUUGAAUUUGAAGCUCCUGUGAAGAUUUUAUAAUGGGUUUUGAAAACGGGCUGAAACAAGUCGUAGUGUAUCCCUACAAUGUAUCAACAAUAGCACUGACAAUUUCUAUACUGUAAUUUUAAUGCCUGUAACUACUGUGAGGCGUAAGGUAGGCUGAGGAAACAGCUUCCACUGCAAUCAUCAAUGCAAUAACUUUUAGUUUUUCAAACUAACACUGCUUUCACACUGAUGGGACAAAUUCAGCAACAAUAUAAGGAUUACCACUUUAUCCACUGGGGGCCCCAUAAUCAACACAGACAGACAGUUCCUCAAAGGAGCUUUAAAUGGACUUCAGAUCAUGUUAUCUGUAUUUUCACACAUGUACUUUUACUAUUUAGCCUUCUUUUUCCAUUUAUUGUUCAGCCUGAUUUCUAACUCUGUCUCUUUUUAUGCCAUUUUCUUCUUCUUAGACUCUGGUGGAUAUUUGCCGACUGCUCCCUGAAACUAAAGUGCCAGAGCUGGUGGUCAGCCUGGUGGCGCUUGCUGUUCUCAUUGUGGUAAAAGAGGUCAAUGCCUGCUACAGACAGAAGCUGCCUCUGCCUAUCCCUAUAGAGCUCAUAGUGGUGAGUCCUUUACUUUACUGGUUCCUGUCUUUUUUCAAGUUCACAUAUACAAUUUGUUGCAGCUUUUACAAUUUUAUUUAGCAGACUCUGUUGUCCAAAGCGCUCAACAUCUCAGAGAAAGUACAACACAAGCAAAAAAUCCAGACAUGAACCACCUGUCAUAUAUGAAUGAGGUUUACUUAAUAGUCCACUAGGGGGCAUCAGACCCACAGUGAUCAUACUGGACUGAAGGACGUGACUUUGUUCUACACUUGUCAAAAGUAGGAUUGAAUGGGAAAAUAAUGAUUAACCCCCAUCUUAUUUUUCCAACAGAUUAUAGCAGCAACAAUCAUCACCCACUUCUGCGGACUUCCAGACAAAUACAGCAUUGAUGUGGUUGGAGAGAUUCCAAGUGGGUAAGUUAAUCUUUCAGUGUUUGAAAUGUUAAAGGGAAAUUCAGGACAUCUGCGAGGGCAAGACUGUGUACAAUAUCACAGCUCUGAAAUGCAUCCUGGUUUUGUGGCGCUGUUGUCUCGUAAAAGACUCUUCACAAUAAAGGGGGAACAGGGUGAAUGAGUUUCUGAAGUUCUUUUGUCACAUUAAAAGCUUCUAGGAUGGAAAAGUCCAUUAGCGAGUAGAGUUCCCCCAGAGGCAUAAAAGAGGGUUGAAUAAACCUAGAGUAGAAGAGUACAGCAAAAGUUGCUUUGUAUAUUUGUGAAAAAUUUCAAAUUUUCUGUUAAAGAUGCUGGUUUCAAGUUUAAUCUUUUUUUAAGUUUCAAAAAUCUGGUUUAAAAAUACCAAAAAAGGACAGAGAGGGAGAGAGAGAAAAGUUAGUGAAAUAGUGACAUGAAUAUAGCCUAUCAAGACUGAAUGACUUUUGUGGAAGGACUGUUUGUGCUGCACAAGGUUACGGUGAUUAAAAAAAAAAAAAAAAACUAAAAUUUUUGUCUUCUCCUGCUCCAGCCUCAAAGCUCCUCGUGCUCCAGAUGUCACAUUGUUCUCUGAGGUGAUAGGCGAUGCUUUUGCAGUGGCCAUUGUGGGCUAUGCCAUCAACAUUUCCCUGGGCAAAACAUUUGCCCUCAAACAUGGCUACAAGGUGGAUAGCAACCAGGUGAGGAAGAGACACAAACCAGAUAAGCUCAUGAGUGCAAACAUCAUGAAACUCAAAAACAGCUGAGAGUUAUACUUGGACACCCUGACUUACAGCUAAAAUGACAAAUUUUGAUCCCAGACCUAUGAUACUUAUUAAUCUUGACUUAGUGUAAGCCACGUAUGUAUUUGGGUGCUCAGUUUAGCGUCAUAAUUCCAUUUAUUGCAAUCUCAGAUUAAGUUUGCAGUCAUCGCAAUGGGACACUGGAGGAAUUUUAUGUUGUACAGAUACAAAACCCACACUAUGCAUUUCUGUAAGUCAAAGUUUUCUAGUUAUAAAGACAAUCCUUUGAUUAUUGUUUUGAUACCCAAAUUGCAAUUUUCCAUCCAAGAAAUGAGGUCUUCACACUCAGUGACGCACAGUUGUAUUAUUUAAGAAAGAGGUUCCUGUCCACAAAUUGGUUACAGCGUCAAUGUCUGGAAUGUAUCUAAUAAUAAAUACAGACAGACAGAGACUUCGAUCGUCUUAACCUCUCAGAGAGGUGGGGGAAGAUGCAUUAAAUCCAGUAAUUAGACAAGUCCAUUUCCAAACGUCUCUCAGUGCGUAGCAUCAUGUUACAAAGACAGCCAGGAUUCACCCUACAGUUAGAUGUACAGUUGCUGUGGUGCCAGUAAGCCUGAUACAAAUGCCUGAACAUUUUGACACUACAGAAAAAAAAUCAUAGAUGUGCCCUCAAAAUAGUUUCACACACAUAGACGGACCUUUAACAGUUUGUUUGUCACAUGCAUGCAAAGAGCUUUAGCAACGUUCUUUGUAAUCCCUUAUUCUUAUCUAUGGCACGCAGACUUAUUCACACACUCGCAGAAGCAUGUGACUUAGAUUAUUCUCUCUGGAGAGUGACAGGCAGGAAGCACUCACAGCCACUAAGAGCUGGUCUGCUAAAUCAUUAAUGCCCAACCAGCUUUAUGCAAUCAAGUGUGCCUUAAAUAUGCCUGGCACUGCCCUCAGUGUGGCAGGGAAGUUAAUGAACAGUUUGCUCUUUGAUUGGCCCAAAGUUAGUGACUGCACACAUACCAUACUUGGACUAAAGGAUGGACUAAUAGCUCCAAAUGCCAGCAUGAAUAUCAAAGACAAUCCAGUUCUCAGCUUGAAUGUCUGCCUCUGUGUUUCUUUUCUCUUAGGAGCUGGUUGCGUUGGGUCUCAGUAACACUGUCGGAGGCUUCUUUCAGUGUUACUCUGUGACCUCCUCCUUGUCUCGCAGCCUUGUUCAGGAGAGCACAGGGGGAAAAACACAAGUACAAACAACAGAAAUACCUCUGAUAACAUUUCUUUCAUAUGUUUAACUUGAAACCAUUUACAGCACAAUAAAUGUGUAUGUACAUUUGUCUUGUCAGGUUGCUGGAUUAAUCUCAUCCGUCAUCGUGUUAAUCACAAUUCUGAAAAUAGGUUCACUCUUUGAAGAUCUUCCUAAGGUAACCCUUACCCUCCUUUGUUGGUGUAUCAGUAAAGGCUGCAGGAACUGUUAAUACAUCUGUGUCUGUGUGUAUAUGUUCUACAGGCUGUCUUAUCUACAAUAGUGUUUGUGAAUUUGAAAGGAAUGUUCAAGCAGUUCAUGGACGUGCCCAUGCUGUGGAAGACCAAUAAGGUUGACUUGGUAAGAUUAAUUUCUCCUUUGAGACUCAGUCUGCUCUGUUAAACACCGUGUGAACCUCGAAGCUCUUUGAACCCACUGACUUUGAGUGUUGUCGCUGCCCUCUAGCUGGUGUGGCUGGUAACAUUCAUGAGCACCAUCCUUCUUAACCUGGACCUGGGUUUGGCAGUCUCCAUUGGCUUUUCCAUGCUCACUGUCAUCUUCAGAACUCAACUGUAAGCUCACACAAUUUGUUAAUAACUAUUGAUGCGUGGGCAAACAUGAAGAUAGAGUUUCAUAUUACAGAAUUUCACAUUAAAGAGUUGAAAAAGGGUAAUUCUUUGUAUAAAAAUUGAUAUAUUUCAGACCCCGCUACUCAAUCUUGGGCCGAGUGUCAGACACUGACCUCUACCUGGACACAGAAACCUACAAAGAGGUAAGAGUCUUGACCAAUCCCAAAGUACUAUACUCAUGUCAAGGCCACCAGAGAGUCUGUGAAUUUAAGUUGUGAAUAUAACACCACAGACAUCUACAUCAGGAUGAAUGUGAAACUUUGCUGAGGGCCUAAUUUUUCCAUAGAACUCUACGUUCAGCUAAAAAAAAGUGAAAUACAUAACCUCGGCUGUGUUAGGUGUAAAAUGCUACAAAGUAUGCUAACAUGGGUGUGGGUAGUAAACAAAUAACAGACAGGUAUAAAAAUACACAACUUGAUCUAACUGUGCAUGUAAACGAACUAAUGUGAGCAUGUUUGAACGCUAACAUUAGCAUGUAAGCUUAAAGCCCCCUUUCAUAAUUAUCUUGAAGAAAGUUUCCACUGACUCUGUUGUCUUUUAAAAUGCUUACACUUACAGACUGAUCAGAGACUGAAACAUACACGCUGUAAGACAUCAGGUCAAAUUUUAUGCUGAUAAAAAGAUAAAGAUGAUAUACCAACAGCUAACAUCAGCAUCCAGUCAUCUGCAAGAUUAAGUAACUGUUGACCAGGAGGUUACUUACACUCAUAUCACGGUUUGGUUGUCAUACUGGUACAAUUUAAAACAACAACAGCACCAUAAACGCACAUUUUCAGCUCAAAUAACAGCUCGGAGCAAAAACCUUUUUGUGUACAGCUUUGCUACCCUAAUGGUAGCAUAUGUAAUGCUUUCACACAAUCUUUGAGUGCUUGUCUGUUGUCAGUAGGCUGCUAACAGAAAUCGACCACUUUGUUUUUCAUCAAAGCUUGGCCAGAUUUCACAGUUGGUCGUCUGUUCAGCAGCUAAUUUAUCAAGAAAGAGUGAAAUGAUCCUUCUCAGGUUUUAUAUCUGGGGUUACAGCCACACAUUACCACAUCAUUUGAUAAGGCCAAAUGAGAAAAUGAGUUUUUUUCCUUUUUUAUUUAUUAUUUUUUUUCAAUUUGACUCUACUGACCCAUAACAAGAACACCGUGUUUGAGAAGUUCGUCUUUGGUCGUUAGUUGUAGAAGAACCCAAUUAAGUCAAACAAUACACUAGAGGGCAAAAAGUGCAAAUGAAUGCAGAACAAAGUGUGGUUUUCAGAACUGCUCUGCUUUAUGGUGUGUCCCUGCAGGCUAAAGAGAUUCCAGGACUUAAAAUCUUCCGUUCAUCCACAACCAUCUACUACACAAAUGCUGAGAUGUACUUGGAAGCCCUGCAGGAAAAGGUGUGUGUCUAUAAAAGUGGAUGUGUGUUUAUGUGCUGGCUGGCUUGUGUUUGAUUACAAGUUGUAAUCCCUGUACGCUGUCUACAGCCCCUGUAAUUGCUUUCAUUACCCCUCUCACUCAUCUCACUUUCUCUUCCCUCGUUUUAUCAUAAUGCAGAGUGGAAUUGAUAUCGGAAAGCUGCUGAUGGCGAAGAAAAAACAUGAUGCCAAGCUGAAGCGCAAACAGGAGAAAGCGAAAAAGAAAGCUAAAAAGGAAGCAAAGAGUCAAGUAUGAUAAUCUAAGUGACACAUUUAAAAGUAUACCAAAACAGAUUUAUGCUUUGUCACUCAUUUUGCUUUUCCAACUUUUUAACAGAUAAAAACAGUCAGCCAACUUUCCAAUGGCACUUUUACCUCAAGGGAGUCAGAGAUGAACAAAGAUGAAGUCUAUGAAGGACAAAGAGGACACAGUUUAGGGAAUGGUGUCGCCUUAAAUCUCAAACAGACUUCAACAUAUGGCCUGAGUCAAGGCCAAGUCAACUUGGCUUUCCAGAAUGACAUGUCAGACUCAGAUUCAGAAACAGGCUGUGUUAAAACAAUCACCACCGUAUCGCUUCAAGGAGACGAGGAGAUGGAAAAGGUCCACACAUUACGCACACACAGCAUCAUUUUGGACAUUUCUACAACUGGAUUCGUGGACACUGUCACUGUGAAGACCUUAAAAAAUGUAUGUGUGUAACAAGAAAUGUUUGCAUGUUAUAUAAGACAGGACAGGGGAAGGAGGAGGGAGUUAGGCUUAUCUUUAAAAGUAAUAAGACAAAAUAAACCAUGAGGUUGUAUCUGUUUCUCUUAGAUAUUCAGGGACUUUGGCGAGAUUGACAUAGACAUCUAUCUUGCAGGCUGCCAAGGUGAGUCAACAGACCAAACAGAGACAAGUGAAUGUCCUUAGUGCUGACUCAAGGCACUGGAGAUUUAGAUAAUGAGUACUUUAUUUAUCUCUAUCCUCUUAUCACGAAAUGUUCUCCAUCUGGUGCAUUCUUGAAGGUGCUUAUUGUCAUGUGUGCUUUUCCGUGUUGUCAUAUUUCAGCAUGCAUCAUAGAGCAGCUGGAAACGGCAGGUUUCUUCUCAGAGUCUAUCCCGAAGAGCAGGCUGUUUGUCACGGUACACGAUGCAGUGCUUCACAUUCUUCAGAGACUGGAGCAGACAGACUUUAUUCUAGUGAGUUCAUCCCCAUGAAAAUCAAUUACAUUUUUAAAGCUCUACUUAUCACUUGUCAUCUGUCUGAAAUGUUCCUUCCCCUCAGCACUUUAUCCUUCCUUCUCUUCCAGAAUGUGCCCUGCACCACUAAGAUGUGA